AUGGCUCGCACACCUCAUAAACUUUUCCACAAAGGCACUUCAACUGAUUUUGUUGUAUUUGUUGAAUCUCCAGAGUUGCUUAAGCAAUACAGAAAAGAUAAAUCAAUUGGUUUGAUGGAUGUUGUAUCGAUUCCCAAAGUAUUUGCUAGCAGAGCUCAUGGAGCAGAUGGGAUGUUUGACGAGGCUUCCAAAUCAGAAUUGGCGAAUGAAUUUGGUACUUCUCGUGUAGAUGAUGUUUUAGACAAGAUCUUGAUAGAAGGGAAUGACAAGGCAACUGCAUUUAUUUCUGGUGAUUAUAGUUCCAAGAAUGAUUCUAAAGGAAGUGGUGCCCGCGGCUUUUUUUAA